AUGCUGCUCAUGCGCUUGACGUCUCUCAAACACUGCGGGGCAUUGGACGUCGUAGCUGCCGUGUUCAAACAGAAGACGGCGACUUUCGAAAAGCGUGUUAUGACCUUCCUCGCGGUCUUGCAUCCAUUCCUUGUGCGAAAGUACAUUCAGUCGAUCGGCGAGAAGUGGUCAAUGCUUCAACUGUUCUCAACCGCUCACCAGUUCCAGAGCUUUCCUUUCGCUCGCUACGCAACGGACGUGACGUUUCAGCAAACCAACAUACCAUGUGGAUCCUACGCCGAGAAGAAGUUGUUUUACAGUGGGAAGCACAGUCUCUAUGGUCGCAAGGUGGAGGUGUCUGUCCUACCUAACGGGUUCGCCAUCAACUGCUCCAAGUACUACAAUGAAACAUAUUCCAGUCAUAGGUGGCGUUAA